AUGAAGAAGCUGAUUCUUUCUCCAGGCAACAGGCUGACACUCAUAUUCCAAACAAGUGACUCCACCUCGGAGCAACAGCGGCACGUUGGUUUCUCUGGUGCCUACGAGGCAGUGGGGUUUUGCAGUAAGUGUGUGUUUGACAUACCCGAGGGACGUGUGUUAAGUCCAGGAUACCCUCACCCCACUCCUCCCUCCGUUUCCUGCAACUACAUCAUCUCUGUGAAGCCCGGAUUCACUGUCACCCUCAACUUCACCGACAAAUUCCACAUCUACAGCGUUGACACUGAGCAAGGUCCCAGCUGCUCGCAUCACUGGCUGAAGGUGAUAGUCCCAGGCAGAGAGCCCACAAAGCUGUGCGGUGCCAAGCGUCCAGGUGUGAUAUCCACCGACUCCAACAUCGUCCGGCUGGAAUAUCACACCGAUGAACACGGCCUGAGCAACGGAUGGAGCCUGGACUACAGCACACGCAAGGUUCAGUGCUCACAACCAGGAGACGUGGUAAAUGGCAGAGUCAAUCCCAUCUUAACAGAGUAUUUCCACGGAGACCGCGCCCACGUGACCUGUGACCCAGGAUACAGACUGAUGACGAAUUGCCAAAACCUCAACACAUUUUCAGCCCAGUGUCAAAUCAACGGGCAGUGGGACCGUCCGAUGCCAGAAUGCCAAAGCACUUUAAUUGAUUGUGGUGAACCUGAACCUUUGCUGAAUGGAGGUGUGACCCUCCUGUCGGGUUUUCAGAAUCAACACUGUUCUGUAAUUCAGUAUCAUUGUAAUGAGCCUUUUUACUCGCUCUCUGGGGGCGGAAACGUUACAUUCACCUGUGAAGCUAAUGGAAAAUGGAAAUCCAGUCACAAAAGUGAUGUCACUCCAACAUGCAUACCAGUUUGUGGUCAGCCAACAGAACGCAUCUACAUCUUUGAGAGGAUCAUCGGAGGCAGCAAUGCCCCAAAGAACACCAUUCCCUGGCAAGUGAUGCUGAGUAUAGAUGGAGGACGAGGAGGAGGCAUGGUGAUUGCAGACCGCUGGAUCCUGACUGCAGCUAGUAUUCUAUCAAAUCAGGGAGUGGAAGCACCAGUAAAUACAAUACGAAUAUUCAUGGGAGGUAAUAAUGCAAGGACUGACCUGGUUCCUCAUGUGAAUGUCUCCUCUAUCCAUCUUCACCCUCAAUACAACAACCCACACAACUUAAACUACGACAAUGACAUUGCUUUGAUCAAACUUCAAGACCCCAUCACGUUUCACGCUAGAGUGAUGCCAAUAUGUCUUCCAGCAGAUGGCGCCGCAUACAACGAUGGUGUAAUGGGGCUGGUGUCAGGCUUUGGCCUUGACAUAAUCAGUGACAGAAGUAUUUUAACAAACAAGCUGAAGUAUGUGCCUGUGCCUCUGGUGAACCAGGAGACAUGCAUUGCUUCAAUCACAUUGAAGAAAGAGGAGAUGGGAGAAAAUAGGGUACCAAACCUGACAAAUAACAUGUUUUGUGCUGGGUUCCCUGAAGGCGGGAAGGAUUCCUGCACAGGAGACAGUGGAGGUCCCUUGGCCCUGAUUGAGAAUGGACACUUCUGGGCUGCUGGGGUUGUCAGCUGGGGCGUCGACUGUGGGAAGCCGGGAACAUAUGGAGUCUACACAAAAGUUGUUAACUACCUGGACUGGAUUAAUAAAACCAUGCGGGAGAACUGAAAUGGUUAUCUUUAGCACUAACUUUGGAUAGCUUGAUGGAAAAGAAAUAGUGAAAGGCUGAAAACAGAACUUUGAGUAUAACAUCAACACAACACUAUUUUUUUGCUUCUGUAAUGAGUCAACAUUUGAACAAAUUGGAUGUUGUGUUGAUA